AUGGUUUACGGUUUGGGAUCUAAUUAUUGGGGAUCUCUUGGUUUGGGACACAAUUCAUACGUCAAUGAAAUCCAAGUGAUCGACAGAUUGUGUCACAAGAAUAUCACACAAUUCUUCAAUGGAUUGGACUUUGUGUUAGCCCUCACUCAAGAUAAUUGUCUCUAUGUUUGGGGUAAUAAUGAUAAGGGACAGUUAGUUGUUUCCGAAGUGAAUGAAUACAAGAGUUUGUUCGAAGAGUUGCAUUCAUUAGGUUCGGGAGCUUUUGGGGAAGUAUUU